UGCACCGAACAAAAUGUCUGCGAGGAUCCUGGAGGGGACCCGCGAUCCCAGACUUCUAGCCCGCCUCUUGCUCCUGCCGCGCUUUGGGGGUGAUGGGGCUUAAACUUAUCAUUCCUUCAAGAUAAUGGAUACUCAAAUGAAAUUCACUAUGGGUUUAGAGCACUGCUGAUGGUUCUUUAGAACUCAGGAUUCACGCUACAGUGCUGCUACCUGAGAACUGACACUGGCUGGAAACUCUGAGGCAAUGACAGGGACCCCCCAAGGCCCACAGGACAUGGCCUACCAACUAAGUUAAAGGCGCGGCGGAGAGAAUGCGGAGUGACGAGCUGACGGCGCCCAUGGACGACACCGGCGGGCCGGACGACGCGGCGGCGCUUGGCGGCCCGUGCCCCGGCCUGGCCCCGGCCCCUCCCGGCCGCCUGGGGGCGCCAUACUGCGAGGCCUGGGGCUACUUUCAUCUGGCCCCCGCGCGCCCGGGCCACGCCGCGGGCCAGUGGGCCACCUGCCGGCUGUGCGGGGAGCAGGUGAGCCGCGGCCCGGGCUUCCACGCGGGCACCCCGGCGCUGUGGAGGCACCUCAAGAGCGCGCACCGGCGGGAGCUGGAGAAGAGCUCCGCCCGCCGCUCGCCGCCCGGCCCCCCCUGCCCGCCGCAGCCGCCGCAGCCGCCGCCCGGGCCCGCCGUGGCCGCCGUGGCCGCCGAGGGCGACUGGGCGCGCCUGCUGGAGCAGAUGGGCGCGCUGGCCGUGUGCUGCAGCCUGCGUGAGCGCGAGCUGGCGCGGCGCGAGGCGGCGGUGGAGCAGGGCGAGCGCGCCCUGGAGCGGAGGCGCAGGGCCCUGCAGGAGGAGGAACGCGCGGCGGCCCAGGCGCGGCGGGAGCUGCAGGCCGAGAGGGAGGCGCUGCAGGCGCGGCUGCGGGAAGUGAGCCGCCGCGAAGGCGCCUUGGCCGCCGCCUCUGCCCCGCCGCAGACUCCGCUCAAAGAAGAGCCCGAGGGGGAGAGGGACGGUUUCAUAAUCACCAAGGUCCUCUUGUAGGCUGUGGCCGCUUUGCGACCCCAGUCCCUCCCAUGCCAGCGCUACUCCAGGUGUGGUCCGCGGACCGGCCUCCCCUGGGAACUGAAUCUCAGGCCCGCCGACGUCUCCAAAUGUGGUCCCUUGAGAAGCGCUUCGGAGCAAAGCGGAACCAAAAAUCACUUAACGCUCCGUGGC